UUUUUUCUGGCCACAGUCUGAAGGGUGACUGCUGUGGAGUAAAACCUACCACACUAUCAAAAUAUGUAACUGAAGGAUUACACUAUGACCACCUCUGAUUUUAUUUCUGUGUUGCGGCCUUGAGUAGCGAUGAAUAAAUAUUCUACAUUAUGUCGUAAGACUUCUGGUCCAAGAAGUAAUAUAUUCUGCAACCUCAUCGACAGAAUUGCUAAAAGACCCUCCUUGCAGUUUUUGAGUGGGUGGGGAUACCACUGUUAUGAACCCAGGAUUUACAGAACGCUGGCAAAAAUUCUGAGGUAUGUCGACCUGGAUGGGUUCGACGUCUUACUCACAGAUUAUAUUGCAUUUGUGGAAAAAUCAGGAUACCGUUUGAGACUAAGUUUUAAACUUGAAUUCACGGAGAUAUGUGUGAAUACAAUUCUGUACUGGAUUUUUGCCAGAAAAGGUAAUCCUGACUUCGUGGAACUGCUUCUCAAGAAGACAAAAGACUAUGUUCAAGAUAGAAGUUGUAACCUGGCAUUAAUCUGGAGAACUUUCACACCAGUAUACUGUCCCAGCCCACUAAGUGGCAUCACACCUCUCCUUUACGUAGCUCAGACGAGACAGUCUAGUAUCUUAAAGAUACUCAUGCAGUAUGGAAUCUUUGAAAGAGAAGAAAAUCCUACCAACAUUGUCUUAACAAUAUUGCUCUACCCUUCAAGAGUGAGAAUAAUGGUUGAUCAUGAGUUGGUUGACAUCCAGGAAGAUGCCAAAACAUGCUUAGAGCUAUGUUCCAGAGUGCUCUCUGCCAUUUCAGUCAGGGAAAUAGAGACACAGCUGAGUUUAGGAAGACGUCCAAUUAUUCCAAAUUGGUUGGAUUACAUUCCUUCAACAAGAUACAAAGAUCCAUGCGAACUAUUACAUCUUUGCAGAAUAACCAUCAGGACUCAACUGUUAAUCAACAACAUGCUCCCAAAUGGAAUAUUUUCACUUCUACUUCCUGUUCGCCUGCAGAACUACUUGAAUUUAGAAAGCUAAUACAUGUCGUUAUCCUAAGUUCCUUAAGGAUGCUCACCAACGUAUAGUUUAGAAGUUAAUAAACUAUUAACUUCAUGUAA